AUGGCGUCAACCACAGCUCCACUGAUGGUGAUGGACGUGACCACUGCGUUCCUUCACGCCGACCUGCCAAGAGAUGUGCAUGUGAAGAUCAGAGGAGAGGUUUUCAGGUUGCACAAGGCCCUCUACGGCCUCAAGGACAGCCCACGUCUGUUCCACCAGCACAUCCACUCCAUCCUCACACGACUCAGCUGGCAAGCCACCAUCACCGACCCUUGUCUCUACACCCGUCAACAUCAGCAGCACGGACAAACGUACCUCAUGGUGUAUGUCGACGAUCUUCUCUACGUGGGGGGUGGACAAAAAGAAGUCGUCGAGGAACUACGUCCACACCUGCAGAUUAAACACAAGCAAGGACAGCAGCAUGACUACCUUGGCAUUCGCAUUACGCGCACAACAACAUCAGCAGCAACCACGACUUCAACCACAACCACCAUUUCUCUUACGCCGUAUCUAUCAGCCAUCGCCGGUAUCGGGCCUUUCCGGGUGUCGACACCGAUCACGAUCGACCACGGCAGGCAGAUACAGGGGGGUGGGAAAGAAGGAGCGAUGGUGAGCGGUGGUGGACGCGCGGACAACAAGGAGCAGACACGUCAGCAACAGCUACCGCUGACCCAGCAGAAACAGCACAAGCACAGACUCAAGGAGUACCAGCAGGUGCUCGGCACGUUGACAUACGCCGCCUCGACAGCACGCCCUGAUCUAGCAUACGCAGCGUCUGUGCUGGCAAGCAAAAUAGGACACGUGAGCACACACGACGUGCAGAUGGCACGCAGAGCACUGCAGUAUGCGAAGAGCCACAACAACAUCCUCACCACCACCGUCGAACACACGACCGGUGCGGCUGCAUGCGGUUAUUACACGACAGCACAAUUGUCUGACCUAGAAAAAGGUCAACAGUUUCCGACAGCACAAAUUGUGACCUACGUCGAUGCCUCCUUUGCCAUGGACGCGGGCCGGCGCUCGCGCUCCGGCAUCGUCAUCUGCGUCAACAACAUGCCUGUGUAUUGGCGCUCCAGCAAGCAGACGAUCACGGCACUCUCCGCAGCAGAAGCUGAAUACUCUGCUAUCACCGAGGGCAUCAAGCACACCAUUCACGUGAGAGACCAGCUUGACGAAAUGAUGAUCAAGCACAGCACUCCAGUCAUCCUCACCGAUUCGAUGUCUGCCAUACACAUGGCAAACUCCGACAAGAUUCAGGAACGCACCAAGCACUUGGGCAUACGCAUGCAGUUCACACGCGACCACGUACGGAAGCAGACCGUCGAGCUGCAGCACGUGCCCUCUGGUGACCAAGUCGCUGACAUGCUGACCAAACCCUUGCACAAGGGUGCGUUCCACCGACUGGUGCAGAAGAUUAUGCAUCACGAAUGA